AUGGCUUUUCCAAGCCCACCAGAUUCUCUGCUAGUCACAGACUGGUGUCCUUACAAGUACGAGCAAUAUGCAGAAGCCGAUUCGCCAACUGCUGAGCUUCCUGCUGGACUCUUGUUGCUUUAUCCGAGGCCGAGUGAAAUCUCCAUCAGUCCGCUAAAGCCUCCAAUGCACGGCGGAAGCGAAGCUGCGUCCUUGGGCACCGGCUCCAACCUUGACUCUCCACUCCCGGGGGCAUAUGCUACGAGGUAGAAAUGCAAAGACCGACCUCUGGGAGCCCAUUCCCUUGUCCCCUAAGCCACACCCGCCCUGUCCCCCCCAAACUCGGCAGAGCUUGCACUUCCCUCCAAACCGAUGGCUGUUCCCAUCAUCCUCGUGUCGUCGUACUCCGUACUCGGUGCUUGUCAUUGAAAUUUCCCCGGUUCGAGCUCUAAUGAUCCUUCUUGGUGGCGACAGUGGACUCGGGCAAGAGGCAGGCUGUGGGCUGUCGGCGGUGGGCGGUGGAC